UGCGCCAGUCGUCCUCACAGACUCGCCGAACCAGUUGGUUUGGCCCAGCUUCUUCUUCCCUGCCUUCUCACUGUGUGUAUGCUGCUGCUGUUAUUGCCUGGUGUCAACCUACGCCGAGGAGAGAAGAAGCCAUAUCCCUCCCUCUCCUCUGUUAGAGGGCCGCUUCCAAUUUGCCUUCACUUUCCUCCUCGCCGGCACCAUUGGCUUCCGUGCCGUGCCAGUCAACUCGCCUCCUUUUCCCAGCCCGAGUUGAGCAGCAACAGCUCGGAAACAUCUGGCCGCCGCAGAGUGCUAGACUCCCGUCCCUCCGCCUGCUCGCCUCGGCAGCCUGUAAUGGAAAUUAGUCCAAAGUCAAUCUAGUUUGUCUCCGAAGGAAAAAAAGAAGGAUUUGACGGAGGAAGCGGGGAAGACGUUGGACCGUGUUGUCUAAAGAGCGAGCGAGGAAGAGAAAGAGCAAGAAAGAAAGAGAGAGAGAGAUACACAGCCAUUCCCAGCCUGAGAGCCCAGCUAUUCUGCUACAGUGGAGUUAAUCAAGUUGAUGCAUACUGCUGCAGGUUAUGAGGACGGCAAGAUGGAGUUCCCAGACCACAGCAGACAUUUACUCCAGUGUCUGAGCGAACAGCGGCACCAGGGCUUCCUGUGUGACUCCACGGUGCUGGUGGGCGAUGCCCAGUUCCGGGCCCACCGAGCUGUGUUGGCCUCCUGCAGCAUGUACUUUCACCUAUUCUACAAGGACCAGCUGGACAAGAGAGACGUGGUGCACCUCAACAAUGACAUUGUCACAGCACCGGCCUUUUCCCUGCUCCUGGAGUUCAUGUAUGAGGGCAAGCUGCAGUUCCAGGACCUUCCCGUAGAGGAUGUGCUGGCAGCGGCCAGCUACUUGCACAUGUAUGACAUCGUCAAGGUGUGUAAGAAACGUUUGAAGCAGAAGUCCACGACGGAGGCAGACAGCACGCGCCGAGAAGAGGAUGGUGGGUCCAGCUGCUCCGAUAAGGCCGACAGUCUAUCAGAUGGCUCUAUAGGCCGGCCCGCUACUGCCGACCUGCUGCACAGUGAUGAAGAGGAGGAGGGGAAGGUCGAAGGAGGACCGCUGUGGCUGAGGCUGCCGUCUGCAGACAGACCAAGGACACCAGCCAUGGCUACAACCAGCCCAGGGCAUGGCGAGGCGGAGAUGCAGGGUGGGGAUGGGCUGGGGGAGGGAGGAAAGCUGCUCUCCCCAGCCGGCAGCCCCACCAGCUCCACUGGAUCCCUCUCACAGAGGUCCCACCGCUCCGUGAGCUCUCGUGGAGCGCACAGGGGCAGGAGGGUGUCGAAUGAUGCGGCUGACUGCGUCCUGGACCUGUCAGUCAAGCCAAUUGCAGGCAGCAACCACAGUAACCACCACCAGUCCUAUUUCAGCGGGGCAGCUACACCAGACAGCCUCCAAAGCCCAUUGGCUGUGAGGGUGAAGGUGGAGAGGGGUGUGGCUUCCGACGAGGAAGAGGAACUGGGAGGUGGGGACUAUGACAUGGAACACAGCGGCCUCACCAAGGCGACGGCUCCCACCACCAACGGGGGCCUGGCCCACCAUGGGGUCGGAGGGCCUCUGUCGGCCCAGCGGAGGCUCGGCCUGGAAGCUCACCUGUCCGCUCUGCGAGAGGCCUCUCUGGCCUCGGAGCUGGAGCGGGAGGAGAAGAGUUCAGCCACCGCAGACGACGAGGACAUACUAGGGGGUGAACAUGAGCGCACCCAGGCCGAGGUGAACAGCAUGGAUAGUUCCCUGCUGCCCUACGUCUCCAACAUGCUGUCAGCUCAACACACCCAGAUCUUCAUGUGCCCGCUGUGUAACAAGGUAUUCCCCUCCCCGCACAUCCUCCAGCUUCACCUCAGCUCCCACUUCCGGGAGCAGGAGGGCAUCCGCUCCAAGCCCGCUGGAGACGUCAACGUGCCCACCUGCACCAUCUGCAGCAAGACCUUCUCCUGCAUGUACACGCUGAAGCGCCACGAGCGGACACACUCCGGUGAGAAACCCUACACCUGCACCACCUGCGGCAAGAGCUUCCAAUACUCACACAACCUCAGCCGCCACGCAGUGGUGCACACACGCGAGAAGCCGCACGCUUGCAAGUGGUGCGAACGGCGCUUCACGCAGUCCGGGGACCUCUACCGACACAUCCGCAAGUUCCAUUGCGAACUUGUCAACUCGCUGUCAGUGAAGAGCGAGCCACUGGCACUGCCCAAUGUCAGGGAUUGGGCGAUUGAGGACAGCUCCCAGGAACUGUGGAAGUAGAAACAGACUGGGUUUGACAAAGGGAAAGAGAGCAGAGAGUGAAAGAGAGGCAUGGGGAGGUGAAAGAGAGGUGGCAAAGUUUGAUAUUUGGGGUUCAAGUGAGUCAUGUUCUUGUAUGUCGCAAAAUCUCAUUCAAUUGCACUUUAAUAGCACAUGAAAAUGUUACUACUGAGUUUUUUUGUUGUUGCUGUUUGGGGUAAUUUUGUUUUAUUCUAUUUUAUUCUGAACUCUUAUUUCUAUUUUGGCAUAAGUUCUGUUUGGUGGUUUUCAUUGCGUCUAAGGACAUGGGUCCCAGUGAGAAUGUCUCACCUUCUUGAAGAGUUUUCACUCUGUUUGUGUUUCAUCUCAGACACAACACUCCGACGCUGGCCAGCGUAUCGGUCCCAGUUCCACAGACAGCAAACACCACUGCAGGAGUUCAGGUCGAACACACUGAAGUGCAAAAGCAUUACAAUACACUAAACGGGUACUGUGAUCACCACACAUACACAGUUUGAAGUAGUGUGUGUGUGUGUGUAUGUGUGUGAUACUGCACUACUCUGGCAAAAAUUUCACCUGACGUGCGUGAGUGUGUAUGAGUGUGUUUUGUGUGUAUUCAUUUUAUUUUCUACUGGCAUGGAGGUGUCGUUGGCGAAGCGCUCCCCGCUUCUCUUGUUAAGCUCUUUGGUGUUGUGUGUUCAGGGUAAAGCUGACUGACUGACAGACUAACUUAUGGCACUCAUGCAAUGCACAGCCUCUUUUUUUUUUCCACUUCCAAUCAAUUUGAAGUAUUUUCUAAAAAUGAAAAGACCUUUACAAAUUAUUAUCAUUAUUAUUAUUAUUGUUAUUAAUAGAUUUUUUUCUUCAAUCUAGCUGGCAGUCUUUAAAACAUCUCUUGUUGAAAAGGUAUUUAAUUUAAGGUUGUUGUAUAUUGUUCUGCUAUAGUUUUAGAACUAUAGAAUUUUUUUUUUUUAAAUUAAUGAUUAAUAUUAUUUUGUUACUUUUUUUGUAAUGGGACCUGCUGUUGUUGCAUGACGUCCAAACCUGUAUAUUUUAAAAUAAAAAUGUGAAUUUGCUGUAUUACUGUACACAUUGUAAUUGAUCAAAUAUUUGACAACAGGCUUUCUUUUUCUUUUCUUUGUGAAUACUACUCCAGGGUGCGGUCUGUUUGAAAAACUGAAUAUUAUUCUCACAGUAUGGAAAUAAUGCAUGAAAAUUUGAUUUUGUCUUAAACCUUUAAGUUGUGGUUAUUGCAUCGCAGGGGGGGAGAUGUUUGAACUUUUGACAGUGAAAAGUUGGAUUUUUUUCUAUAUGUCGUAGGUCUGUCGCUGGGCUCCUAGAAGAAUGUUACCGAAUGUGUUUACGUCGGAUGUUGAAGCGAUAUGAUGAAGCAUUUUAAGCCUCUGUGUAUAUGCACUGAUCUCUCUGCUGCGUGCGUGUGUGCGUGUGUGUGUUUGUGUGUGUGUGUGUGUGUGUUUGUGCGUGUGUUUAUGAGCCUGUGGCUUGGUUAUUACCAGUCAAUUUAACCUACUGAAGAUCUACGUCCACCCAGCACUUCCUCCUCCUGCUCCUCCUCAGGCGUUCAAUUUCUCUCUAAUGCUGUAUGUUCGUUUUCCACCUCCCAUGUCUCCGUCCUCUCCAGCUCUAGAUGUGGUAAAGCCAUUUUUUUAAAUUAUUUCUGCUCAUUGGGCACUUACUUCAGGUCUGUUGAGUGCAGUAAUGUGGCUCUGACUUGGAAGUGAGAAGAUUAACGGGGAGAGAGAGAGAGAGAAAAAAAUAAGGAGAGCGGCCGUAACUGAGCUGUCCUGCUGAAAGUUGAAGGGUCAGAUAUCUUUGUCACGAGCUGUGCUGAGCUGAGCGGGGCCGUGCUGAUUCAGUACAAUAACCCACAUUAGAUGCAGUGGCGUGAAUGUGAUAAGACGUCUGUUUGUUUGCGUGUGUGCGUUUUCCUCUUAAAACAUAAUCCUUACUUUGAGAUCAAUGGGAGCGAAUUGGCAUGCCUGAAUGCACCUUUUUAAGCUAAAAGACAUGAAAUCAGAUUUUUUGCUGAAAAGAUGCCUUUAUUUAAAAACGAACACAUUUCUGACGCUAUGGAAGUAUUUGAUACUGUAAAGCAUUGUGAAAUAGUUGUUAAAAUGUGUGUAUAAAUUCAUGGAAUUUGAUUGAAUUUAUCAGAAAAUCCUUUUUUGUAUGUGAAUGUUGUAUUUGGACUGGGGGCUACAUCAGUUUAAUAAUAAUUUUCCGUUUUUUUUUAACCUCUGUAUCUAAUAUUUUUUGUUGGAAUUUCAAAAUAAUAGUCAAGCGUUUAUACAAUCCGAAUGCGUUUGACACAGAGAUACUAAUAAAUUGAACGCUCCACAUUUCACUCAGAUGUGUAUGUGUGUAUAUGUCUGUAUGCACGCCCCCAUUGAUGUGCAUGUGGUGGGUGGGGUGGUUGUAUGUGUCGCCCUGUCAUCUGGUGGCACCUACAGGCUUUGCCAAGGCAACAGUGCGGGUGACAUUGCGGCAGUUUGCACCGCAUCGUCUAAUUUCUUUCUUCUUGAAAUGCUAUUUCUUUACUGGCAGUGUCUCUGCAUACGGAGCUCACUCCAUCCUGCUGUUGUUUUCA